CGCACAGCCACUCCGUAUUUCCACAGCCGUCCGACUACAUGCCGUCACUCCACGCGGUGAUGCCAACUGAAGAACUACAAUCCGAGGAGUUACUUCCAUGGUCGAGGGUCGUGCAGGUGCAUCUCCAGCGCGCGCUGCUAUAAAGUUUGAACAGCCAUACAAGGCAAAUCAAAGCAAACGGAGAUAUUUUAAAGAAAGUUCAAGAAACGGUUACUAGGGGGAACCAAAUGCGAUGAUGCUCUACAAAGACAUUUAAAAAGCUUGUCUUUCUUUGCUACAUUUUCAUUUUUUUAAAAAUAGCAUUAUUUAUUCUAGAAAAUUGGCUCCCAUACAGUCCACCGCGUUGGAUCCGUCGGCGUACUGCGAGACUCCGGUGUACAAUCCGGAUCUCUGCCCGAAUAUGUUAGCCGCUCAGGCUAAGUUAGUGUACCACCUGAACAAAUACUACAACGAGAAAUGCCUGUCUCGGAAGGCGGCGGUCUCCAAGACCAUCAGGGAGGUGUGCAAGGUGGUGUCCGACGUCCUGAAGGAGGUGGAGGUCCAGGAGCCCCGCUUCAUCAGCUCCUUGAACGAGAUGGAGAACCGCUACGAGGGUCUGGAGGUGGUUUCGCCCACCGAGUUCGAGGUAGUCCUCUACCUGAAUCAGAUGGGGGUUUUCAACUUCGUGGACGACGGCUCGCUGCCGGGCUGCGCCGUGCUCAAACUCAGCGACGGCCGCAAGAGAAGCAUGUCCCUGUGGGUGGAGUUCAUCACGGCGUCGGGAUACCUUUCCGCUCGCAAGAUCCGCUCCCGGUUCCAGACGCUGGUGGCGCAGGCGGUGGACAAGUGCAGCUACCGAGACGUGGUGAAAAUGGUGGCGGACACCAGCGAGGUGAAGCUGCGCAUCCGCGACAGGUACGUGGUCCAGAUCACCCCGGCGUUCAAGUGCACGGGGAUAUGGCCGAGGAGCGCGGCCCACUGGCCCAUGCCCCACGUUCCCUGGCCGGGACCCAACAGGGUGGCGGAGGUCAAAGCCGAGGGCUUCAACCUCUUGUCCAAGGAAUGCUACUCGCUGAACGGGAAGCAGAGCUCGGCGGAGAGCGACGCCUGGGUCCUACAGUUCGCCGAGGCCGAGAACCGGCUGAUCCUGGGCGGCUGCAGGAAGAAAUGCCUGUCCGUUCUCAAAGCGCUGAGGGACCGCCACCUCGAGCUGCCCGGGCAGCCGCUCAACAACUACCACAUGAAAACGCUGGUCUCGUACGAAUGCGAAAAACACCCCCGGGAGUGCGACUGGGACGAGAGUUGUCUCGGGGACCGCCUGAAUGGGAUAUUGCUACAGCUUAUUUCGUGUUUGCAGUGCCGAAGGUGUCCGCACUAUUUCUUGCCCAAUUUAGACCUGUUCCAGGGGAAACCGAGCUCAGCACUCGAGAACGCCGCCAAACAGACUUGGCGAUUGGCAAGAGAAAUUCUUACCAACCCCAAGAGCUUGGAAAAACUAUGAGGCUCCCACGGAUGCAGACAGCCAAAAGAAAAU